UCGGCCAGCAGCAGCGGCUCGCUGGGCUUCAGUAUCCCUCUCGCAGCUAUCCACGCAAGCCCCAGCGCAGGGACCAAGCGCAACGGCGGCGAGUGCGAUCUCGCCCAAGCCAACAAGAAGCGCAUGCUCACGCCCCCGCCCUCCGUCGAGAACGACCUGGACUCGGCCUCGCCGCGCACGGACGCGAGCUGGCCGUCCGACGAGGAGCCCAACGAGCUGCUGCUGCUGGAGCUCAAGCGCCUGCGCACUAGUGCGGCGUUCCCGACCGAGGGUAUGAGUGCCGAAGCCAUCAAACAGCACAAGGCGCAGCGCCGGAGAGAGCAAGUGCGCGCGGCGUCGCGGCGAUGUCGCGACCGCCAGCGCAAGGAGACUGAGGACCUGCGCACCAAGGUCUUCCAGCUGGAAGAGUUCAUCGCGCACACGAUGCAGUCCCACGAGUGGGAGAUGCACCAGCAGCACGAGCGGAUCCAGGCGCUGCAGCACGAGAACCAACUGCUGGCUCAGCAGCUCGCAGCGGCGAAUGCAGCCACGGUUCGUGUUGAAGACAUCGAACCGGUGCCGCUUGGCACUACCGUCAAACUGGAAGACAGCCCGCUGCCCGAUGACCUCGUGCACUGCAUCACCGCCGACGUCCCGUCCCAGUGGAGUCGGGAACUUGUGUAUCAUGCAGUCGAGGACACGACUCGGCGACUCGUGACCAUGCUGGAGUCGGAUGUGGAGCCUGUCAAGUCCCCCGCUAUCUUCGGCUGGCAGUUCGACUUCUGGAGCGAAGGCGACAAGUACUUCGGACGCAACCGCAAGUUCUUCCCCGGUGUCACUGCACUGGAGCUGGGCAAGCGCAUGCAGAGUGUGGACCCACAACGAGUGCGGACGGCAAACCACACGCCAAAUUGCGCACUCCCACGCACAUUCACUCUCGACGCACCCAUGGACGAGACGCAGUCGCUGGUGGCGCCGCCCGCCGUGGACGUGAAGGCGGAGGCCGAGCCGGAGCCGCAUCUCGAGGCCGCGGCCAGCCCCACGGACGCCGACGCCGGCAAGAGCAAGAAGAAGAAGAAAAAGAAGAAGAAGAGUCGCCGCAAGAGCCUCGAGAGGACGCAGUCCGAGAUCGAGGAGGACGCGCAGCAGGAGCCCGAGACUCCAGAGCCGCAGGACGAGAAGGAGGAGGAGAACCAGGAGCCCUCUAUUGAGGGCACGAAUGACGCGCAGCAAGAGCAGGAGACCCCAGAACUUAAGGAGGUGAAGGACGAGGAGCCUCCUUCUACUGAGGCGAUCACAGCGCCCUCCACGGAGGAGAAGAAGGAGUCUAUGGAGCUCUCUAUUGAGGAGAAGAAGGAGACGCUGGAGGAGGAGCAGGACAACCAGGCCGCUGCCAGUGAGGACGAGCUGGCGCCGCCCGAGCUGGAGCGCACAUCGUCGCUGGACUCGAUCAAGGACACGGGCACGCGCGCGGUUGGAUCGCUCUUUUCGAGGUUCAAAGUGGGGCGCAAGAAGCCGCUGCCAAGUCGCACCGAGUCGGCGGCCAAGUUGGAACUCGUGAGUCCGUCGCCCGUCAAGACGGCGGUCAAGCGGCUGGAGGUGCCCGAGGAGAAGAGUCUGGACGACCUGCCGCUACGCACCAAGAGGGACUUUUUCGCAGACGGAGAGCAGAGCGUCCAUGUAAGCGCCGAGAAGGAGAAGUACGACACGUUGGAGAAGCAGAGGAAGGCUGAGAAGGAGGCGGAGGAAGCUGCCAAAGCCGCAAGGCAGUCGCCUCCCUCGAGUAGGAGGUCGAGUGAUCAGGUGGUAGCACAAGAUGAAGCUGCGACAGCAGAGGCAAGUGAAAAGGAGCUGGGUGACGCGUCCUCUGCAGCUCCGACCUCGCAGUCGUCGGACAAUGUGGAAAAGGAGGAGUCGCCUACUGCUUCGGAUGUUACCGAUGCUGCAUCACCAGUGGUGGCAGAAGAAAUGACACAUGAAGAUACUGGAGCUACUGCUGUCAAGGAGACUCAGCCCGUUUCGCUCCAGCUUGAUCUUGAUCUUGAGCCGGCUGGGGAGACAACCGAGACACCUCUUGACCAAGAAGAAUUACUAUCGGUCAAGGUUACCCCACCAACGUCAGAGCUACCGACAGAGAUGAGUAAUCCAGCAAAACCUGAAAGGAUGUCGCCUGUGAAGAGUCUCGCAAGCCGCUUUGAAGGCAAACGCGAACAAUCUCUAGACAGCCUGAAGUUCCGCACUGUGCGCGAGUUUUUCCCGGAAGAGCGGAGUAUUCGUGUGGGUGCCGAAAAGCAAAAGUACGAGGCUCAAGCUCAACAGCAGAAGCUCAAGGCCAAGGCUGAAGAAGAAGCAAAGUCGAAAUACAAGAUUGCAUCCAGCUUUAAAUCUCCUGGUAAGGAUGGUGCGUCGCCUGCCCCUUCGCCUGAGCUCAAGGCUACCGCUGUGAACGAUUCCGGAGUUGCAGUUAACCACUUCAACCUCAGCACUCCUGAUGCUGCUGGUAGCAGGAAGAAGUUCAGUUUCGACGACGGACAUGCUGCUAGUGAUUCCCCAGCUAAGUCUAGUGAUGGCGCCCCAGAAGCCGUGACACCCGUGAAGAGCAUUGCCAGUCGUUUCGAAGGCAAGCGUGAACAAUCCCUCGACAGUCUGAAGUUCCGUACUGUCCGUGAAUUCUUCCCCGAAGAGCGCAGCCGCAGUAUCCAUGUCGGUGCUGAGAAGGCUAAGUUUGAGGCUCUUACGAAGCAACAGGAGGAAGCAGCUAAGGAAGCAGAGAAGAUCAAGUUGAAACACGCUGCAUUGUCACCCAAUACCUCUUCGACAAAUGUCAAGAGUUCGGAAGCAGCACCGAAUGUCUCUCACGAAGACAAUCAAGUUCACGCUGGUGUGGGUCCAUUGGAGCUGAAGGAUAGUGCUGCUGUCGAACCAACAGAAGGAAAAACCGAAAUUGCUUCAGUUGUUGAGGCUACCAUUGAGCAGGAGGAGAUCGAGGCGUAUGUACCGAGUGCUGAGCAUGAACCUAAGGAGCUGGGUCGCAGUGACCCUGCCCAAUCUGAAGAAAACGACACAUCAAUUGGUGAUACUACGUUCGGGUCAGGAGUUGAGAAGAACAUGCCAAGCAGUGAUGACGAACCUGUUAACGUGGACAUCGGACAGCCUGCGCAACACGAGGACAACCAAACUUCAGUCGACGAAGAUAUCAUGGAGCAUGGUGUCGAGAAGGAAGCCACUGCAUCUGCCGAGCUGGGAAUUGAAGAGACUGCCCAACCCUUGGAGAAGCAGUUACACGUUGAGGCUGCUGCCAUCGAGCAGGAGAUUGCCAAGGAAACACCAAGCGCUGCUGACCAAUUGAUUGACCUGGGUCUUGACGAGUCAGUUCAACUCAAGUCGAUUCAAGCACUAGUGGAUGAGGUUACCGUUCAAGAUGAGGAGACUGAGCAAGUUGACAUCCAAUCUUCCGAGAAGGCCCUCGCAAGUCAACCAGAUAUUGCGAAGGACGAAUUGAGUGCUGAAAAUGGACUCGUUGAGUUGGACCUCGAUAAGUCUACAGUCGCCGAAGUGACAGCGGAACCCGAACAGGAGACGAAGUCGACGUCCCGUCCAAUGCUGACGACGGAGCGCUCGUUUGUACUUGAGGAUGACAACACAAUCGAAACUGAGGACACUGUCGUGGUGGGUGAGCGCCCAAUGACUGACAGUGAAGAUGAGUUUGGACCUCAGUCAUUGACGAAGACACGUCCUGCUGACGAGCUCAUAGGUGGGGUUUCCUCGUUUGAGGUGAAGCAGGAUUUGAGCUCCUCAAGCAAGACCUCGAUUCUUGCUUCGAAGGCAUCUCCGAAGCUAACUCGCAAGGUGUCAGCAGGAUCAGUUGGAUCUGCAAGAUCUUUGUCCUCAAAAACUACUGUCCCGGUCCCAAUGAAGCGUGCUUCGAUUACUGCGCCGACCGCAUCAUAUAUGGCAAAAAAAGGUGCCGACGCAGAAGAGCAACAACGGAAAGCGUCGCAACAAAUGAUGAAGAAAAACUCGGCGACUAAGCUGAAGGGAACAGUGAGUGACACUGGAUUCAUCAAGCCCCCGCCUACUGCCCCGGCUGUCCCUGUUCCAAUGAAGAGGGCCUUAAUCACGGCACCAACCGCGUCCUACAUGGCGAGAAAGGCUGCUGAAGCGGAGGAAGCACAUCGAGCAUCGCCUCCACCCAACCAGAUUUCAAAACAAAAGACUACAGCUGACCGGACCGGAUUCAAGCCUCCAGCGGCGGCAACUACAGUCCCCGUCCCUAUGAAGAGAGCGUCCGUCACAGCGCCUACGGCUUCAUGGCAGGCGAGGAACGUCCCGGGCAAAUCUGAAGCUAGCGAAUCUAACCCUACUGUAAGGAAUCACGCGUCAAAGCUGAAGGGUAAUGCAGGCCCGACUGUUCCCGUGGCACCCAAGCGAGCCUCGAUCAUGGCUCCAACAGCCUCUUACAUGGCAAAGAAGGCCGCUGAGCAUACUGAAAAUGUCGCCGCCGCAGCAGCCUCGAUUCCGUCCCGAAACAAGCGGUACUCCAACGUCAAGAGCAAAGUCAUGCAAGGGAUCCAGUCUGGAUCGAUGCACGCUGCCACUCACAAAACGAUCACAAAGGAAGAAUUUAUCGCAGCAGAGCGCCGAAAGAGUCUUGGUUCCGCUGGAGUGAGAAGUGUACUUGAAUCAUUUGACCGCCGUGCCUCUCUUUCUGCACGAGUGACGAUCGAUGGACCACCGGAGCCGUUCCUGCGGUCGGCAGUGUCCCAAAAGAAGCUCAACUCGACAGUUCCCAGAUACUUGGACUACGAGAAUGCACCAGGCUACGCUGAGCGUGCCCAGAAGCAGUACGAGCGUCGCAAGCGCUUGGAAGAGGAGAACGCAGCCAAAUCGGAGAGGCGUCAGAAGGAGCUGCGCGUGUUUUUCGCUGAACGGCAGCAGAAGGCACUCAAGUUUAGUGCUGAGGAAGUUCGCCGCGGCUUGGAAGCUCAUGAGUUUGCGAGACUAGCAAAGGAGAGCGAGCUGGAGAUUCAGAAAACACUGCGGAAGGAGAAACAGCGAGAGCGCGCUGCCCGUUCCCACACUCGAGGGUCUUCGACUGCCUCCAGCGCGGGUGCGUCAUCGUCGAACGGGGUAACUUCGCAGGCGUCCAAGAAAUCGUCGAAGUCAUCAGUGUCUUCGACCGUUGUAGAGAAGGAGGUCCUGCCAGCUGACGAACCGGUUGCUACUGUGGAGGCUUCGGUUCAGGAUGACGUCGCUAUUGAAGUCCAGGAGGCGGUCGUCGAGGCGACCAAAGUGGAAGAGCAGACGACUUUUGUUUCUGCUGUUGAGAAUGACCUAGCGCUCGAGCAGGUGGCCAAGAAGAUUAACUUCGACGAAGCCAGCAGUGACAGCGAUGAGAAGGACACUUCGACGGUGUAGAUUUGCGGUAGCGCGCGCGGUACAAAUGGGGUUGUUCAAGAUACUUUGCGCAUGUCGUAACGUAGCGUAAUGGAGACAAUGCAAGUGCAUUGAAUGUUGCCUUUUG